AGUAGUUUUCUUCUCCUCUUUAAGUGACACUAUCAUUUACAAUUUGAAACGAAUUUUCAUACGUCAAGUUAAUUGAAAUAUCUAUUAUAAGCUUGUGUAAAAUAUCAAUACUUAACGUCAGUAAAGUACUUAAAUUGCAAAAAUAUAUUAUCAAAACUAAUUGAAAUCAAGAUGGAUUUUAUAGCGAUCGUUGGCUUAAUAAUUAUAAUUUACAAUCUGGUUUAUAUGAUCUUCCCCUGGUUUUUAGAUUGUGAUUUAAACCUUGCUUUACAUGAGAGAUUUGGCAAACCUAUAAGUUCUCUAAAAGACAAAGUAGUAUGGAUAACAGGAGCUUCAAGUGGAAUUGGAGAACAUCUUGCAUAUGUUUUGGCAGAGAAUGGAUGCAAAUUAAUUUUAUCAGCACGACGGGAAACAGAGUUGGAAAGAGUGAAAGACAAUUGCUUGCAAAGAAACGCAAAUUUGAGAAGUUGUGAUGUUGAAGUGUUAGUGUUGGACAUUUGUGAUUUAGAUAAGCAUGAACCAGCAUUUAAUAGCAUCAUCACUAAAUUUGGCAAAUUGGAUAUACUUGUGAAUAAUGCAGGACGAUCUCAACGAGCAUUGUGGGAGGAUAUUGAGAUAUCUGUUGAUAAAGAAAUGUUUGACUUGAAUGUAUUCUCACCAAUAGCUUUGUCUAGAUUGGUAGCAAAAUAUUUUUGCAAGAUGAAUGCAGGUCAUUUUGUUGUUACAUCUAGCAUUGCUGGUAUCACAGGAGCAUCAUUUUCUGCUACAUAUUGUGCAAAUAAAUUUGCACUGCAUGGUUACUAUAAAACUCUUGGCAUAGAAAGACUAGAUAAAAACAUAUCGAUUACAAUGGUAUGUCCGGGACCAGUGUAUACUGAUUUUUUGGCAAAAGCAUUUACAAACAAAAGUAAUGAGGUAUAUAAAAAAAAUACGAAAAAUGAUACAAAAAAUAAAAUAAGUCCAGAACGUUGUGCUACGUUGAUGGGAAUUGCAAUAGCAAACAAUCUUCUUGAAGUAUGGAUUUGCAAACCAUUUGUACUGCAAUUGGCAUAUCUUAACAUUUAUUAUCCAAAUGUCGGACAGUGGAUAACAAAGAAAAUAGGAACAAAAUUUCUACAAUAUUUACGUGAUAGUGAAGUAACAAUUAAAACGGAUACUACAGAAAAAUAACAAAUAUAUAUCUUUUUUUAUAUUACAGCAUUUGUUCAUUGAAAAUAUUUUGUUUAUAAUUUUUACAUAUACUUUCUAUAUUCUUAUUAUAAAUUAAAGAUAAUAUUUUUUAUUUUCUGUAACUAUAUUAUCUCUGUACUUCUUCUCCCUCAUUAUUCUUUAAUCCCUUGACAUAUGAAUUAAAUGAAAUGAAGUAGGUAACUUUGAAUAUAAGGCAUCAACGUUGAAAAGAGCAUGUUCAUUAUUAAGAAAAAUAUUUUUUUAUAUCUUUAUGUGCAUAUCAACUUGCAAACAUCUUAGAGAUCUCAUUGUCGACCAGGUUAGAAAACGCAUGACGUCUUCCAGACAUUAUUAUAUAUUAAGGAGUUAAAUCAUUUACAAUAUAACUCUAUAGCACAAAAUGCAUUAUGAAUAGCAUAAUUUGCAAUGGAAUACUGUUUUAUCUAAAUUCAGUGUAACUAGAACUUAACCUAUUUGAAUUUCUUCUACAUUCUAAUUCUAUAAUAGUUUAGUUGUUGUUAAUAACAGUUUUGUUGGUCUUAAUAGUUAAUAGAUAAAUAGAUAAAUAGAUAGUAGAUAUACAUUCUAAACUAAAUUAAAACAACUAGCUUGAACUAUAUAUAAGUCCAUGUUAUACAAAAUAUAUUUACAUCAUAGGAAUAGACACAAAAAAUAUAAAUAUACAAAUAUAUUUUAUUUUAUAAAUCUAGGUAAAUAGUAUUCAAUGUUACUAAACGAUUAAAAUAUUCAUUGAAACUUUACAAAAUGAAACAAUUCCAAAAAUUCUUAUCAAUUUUAAAAUUCAGUUUAACUAUCUAAUAAAUAAUUAUUUAAAAAUUAUUUGGUAAGUAGUAUAAAUACUUCAUUAUUGGAAACAAAUUAGUCAUAAAUAAACAUGGGUAAAUUUCUAGCUUAGCAGCUUUUCUCUAUUUCGGCCAUUUUAGCUAUUGUUUCUUUAAUAAGAGAUUCGUUUUAUCGCUAAAUGAGAAAUCAAUUUUGUUAUUUU